UGAAGAUAAUUGGGUACAUGAUGUAAACACGGAAUAAAUAUCGAAAGGCGUCGUUCCAUAUUUUUUGCCCCCCUCCGUCCAUCCGCCGCAGUUGUCCAUUAAAGGUGUUUAAUAAUAUAUGAGGUAGUAGCUAUACUGGCUGCGCGUCUGUCUGUCUGUGCAGAGAAAGAAAGGCAGUCAGAGAGUGGGGAACUGAAGCCAAGAGUAAAGGAGAGGGAAGAGGAGUUGAGCUUUGUUUCAUCCUCGCUUUGGUGAGGUUUCUGGAGUUUCCCGCGUGCUUUGGAGACGUGAUGUUGUACUGGAAAAGCUAGCCAAGUUCGACGAGGGACGGGGAUUUUUUCUUUUCUUUUUUCUUUUUUUUUUUGCGCUUUGGAGCUGAGAAAAUGACGAUAGACGAGAACGCCAAUAUGUUGCAUUUCUGAGUGCCCCUCUCCAUCACCCCUUUCUACACGCCUCCUGUUUGUAGGCAAACACGUCUCCAUGGGUGAGGUCCACUGAGCCAGGAAUCCCUGUGUCUCUUACCCCUCCCGGCCUUCCUUGCUACCCUUAAACCCUUCCCCCCCUCAAGAGGAGCCACAAUGACUUCCACCAGCCAGCUUCUGGGUUUAGCCGAGAUGGGCCUAAAGUGUGACCAGGAGAUUGAGAGGAGGUAUGAGAUUGUGCCCUCAGUGGUCUGCUCCAUGUGCUGCCUCUUUGGAAUCAUCUACUGCUUCUUUGGCUAUCGAUGCUUCAAGGCAGUGUUGUUUCUGACAGGCCUGAUGUUUGGCUCUGUGGUCAUCUUCAUGCUGUGCUACAAGGAGAGGGUGAUGGACACUCAGCUGAGCGUAGAGGCGUCCGUCGGUAUUGGCCUGGGCAUUGGGACACUCUGCGGCUUGGUGACCAUGUUGGUCCGCAGUGUGGGCCUAUUUAUGGUAGGCCUGCUGCUGGGCCUGCUGGUUGGAGUUGCAUCACUUGUGGUUAUGGAGGAAUUCUAUCACCCUAAAACAGUAUGGGUUCCUCUGGGAAUCCUUCUGGGCUCUGGGACAUUGUUUGCCGUCCUCACUCUUCAGUGGCAACGGUGCUUCGUCACCUUCUCCACGGCAACAUUUGGCUCUGCCAUCAUCACUGUCACAGUGGAUUACUUUAUAGAGCUGUUUGCCUUGGUGCACUACAUCUAUGAGAGACUCAAGGUGGCACCAAAGAAGCCUGUCUGCUGGUUCACCUGGGUCAUCUUAGGGGUGUGGCCUGUCCUGACCCUCCUUGGAGUUCUGAUCCAAUGGAAAGUUACUGCAGAGGGAUUUUCUCACACAGAGGUGGUACUGAGUCGACAGCAGCGGCGGGUUCAGCUCAUGCGAAUCCGACAAAGAGAGGAAAAGCUGAAAAAGGAGAAGGAGAACAAGAAAAAGAAAAAACGUCAAAACCAGAAGACCGCCCUCAAGCAGAAAGCUCAUACCCAUCACAGCCACCAUCACCAGCAGUACCACCACCCAGUGGUCUCUCACUCUCAUCACCAAACCCAGAGCUCUCAGCAACCUAAGGUCCCUCCUCCUCCUUCCCAGACGGAACCUGGCUACCACCGCAAACCCAACCCCAAAAGACGCUUCGAUGGAGAUGUGCUGUCUCCGAGCUACAUCAGGAGUUUCAGAGACAGGCAGACAGAAAGACGGGCUUACUCCCACACUCGAAUGAGUCGCUCUCGGAUGGCUCAACUGGACUAUGACUGCGGCUCUCAAGUGCCUCUCACAGUCCCCAGUGGACCAGCAGUUCGGAUCUAAACACAGUCACGCAAUCACUGCCUCCUUCAAAACUCUUGGACACCAACAGAAGUAAAAGACUUGAAACAGCCCAAUCAACUGUAGGUUUACCCAACUGAAGAUUACCAUAUUCUGAUUAUUUGUAAGCCAAAAUGGUUUUGUCUUGUCUGGUGUUUUUGCCAACCAUUUUGUUUUUUAGAAUGAUAAUGAACAAAGAUUUUGGUUUUGGAGGGAGCACAAAUUGAUGGCCAUCAGAUUCUUUUUUUAGCGCCAGUGAAGCUUUUGCUUUCCAUCGAGGCACUGAAGAAAAUGGAGCUGUUUUAUAUGUUAUCAAGCAAACUGUUUCAGUAAUUUUUCAAUGUGACUUUUCUGGGAAGGGAAGAGGGCAUAUUUGUCAUACUCUGUAACAUCGCAGCUGAAAUGGAACUGCAACUUUUUUUUUCUUCAUCUGUAUUCAGUAUCUCUACCUUCAAGGAAGUUAAAGAUGACAGUUCACUUCAAGGGUUCUGAGGGGAGUGCUCAGUGUUAAAUGUUAAAACAAACUGAAGGUACAAUGCAAACACUGAACUGAAAGCUCUUACUGUUCUUUUUUUUUCCACUUGGAGGUGUCUGUGUAAAGUAAGAUAUUUAUUUCACUGGGGUUAUUUUUUUCAUCAGAGCUUGUUAAUACAGAAAGUAGCAAGUGGCUUGGCAAAUCCUGUGGGUUUCUUAAAAGGGAGUGAAUUGUAGGUGUGAAUCGAACUGAGCGGUUCAAACCAAAGAGGGUUUUUUUUUUGUUUGUUUGUUUGUUAAUUCCUCUUCUAAAUUAGUAUUGCUUUCUGCAUAUUGUGCCAUUCUCCAAGGCAGAUGUGUUUACAUCUCAUCGCUGACCUUCCUACAUGUUUGGUCCCAAAUGGUCUGCUUCUAUGUUUGAGUGGACACGUGAGCCCUACAGCUGAUGGGCUGGCCCAAUUAUUAGCAAACACGAGGGGGAUUCAUUUAAAUGUCAAAUGUGCAUGCUGUACAAUACUCUUCCCCCUCUUGUUUUACCACAUACUGCUUCGCUUGAAACGAUUAACUUCUGAAGGUUUUUCAUGACAUGUUAUGUAAUGAAGAGGAGGCCUUAAAGAAAGAUUAGCUCAUUGAAAGAACUAAGAAGAUGAAAGCAUUUGCAAAUGGCACCCUCUAUUGUUUACUGCUGGACCUGUCUUUUAGACUUUCUCUAUGUGUGUUUGUGUCAACAUAAAUUUACAUGUUACUCUAUUUUUAAUUUAUGUAUUUCUUGCAAUUAAGUUGUUGAGCCACCAUCCAGAGAGGAGAGGUGGAUUUCAAUGUUUUACGUAUAGAUGUAAUGUUUAACAUUAUUUAAUUUACAGAAACUUAGAUGUUUUACACACGCACAAUUCCUACUUAAGGAAAUAUUACAAUGAGUUAUGACAAAUGAUACUGCCAAUAAUGCAAAAGUAAGAAAUGGAUUAAACUUGAUCACUAAAAAUGUAGGAUCCCAUUAUUUGAAAUGUGAACACAACAGUUAAACAUUCACGCACUGAUUUAACAGUGUUUAACUUUUGCAGAUUUUGCAGUUCUUUUUUACAGGGGGACAGUUAAUUAUGUUAUACUCCAUAACUGCAUGACAAAACUCGUGUAAUACCUGUAUUCAUUGUGUUGUGUCAUUGUUGCCAUGUGGAAACCCCAGAUUUUCAGAUUUUUUGGACCAAGGGUGCAUAAACACCUCUUUAUCUCUGUAUAUUUACGCUGUCCUAGUAAAAACCUUUGAAAGGACAUGUAUUGUUACCAGAUGGAUGCUUCAGAAUAUUUAAAGUAAGGUUCUGUUACAAGCAGUUGACAUCUUACCUCCAGUAGCAUAAAUCCUGAUCAGUUGGUCCCAGAGGCUGAAGUUAAUGGCCAGUCUGAGAGAGGCCAUGACCAAAGGAGACCUCCAAUCUCUAAAACAUCAUGGUAGGAGCCAUUUGCCGCUACAAUCAUGGUAGUUUAUGUGGAUGCUCUUUUUUUAACCCUAUCACUGUCAUCAGGUUUGUAUUUUGUGAUUACUUAUAAAUGACGUCAGUGGUUAUUUUCACCGGAACAGGAGAUAAGAUGUGAAUCACCAUCAGUAAUGUUCCUGCAUUAAACACGCUGAAGAUUAAA